UCAUAGGGUCAUAGCCUUCCAGAUCUUUCCAAAUCCAAAGCACUCUCACAUGUACAGUAAUUGUAACUGUAGUAGGUACAGAGUAAGCUUUCACCGACUGCCGUUGCAUCUGCACUGAUUCUUGAAAUCACACCUACAAUUCUGCUUAUCCUUCCUAUACCCACAACUGCUCUGUGUUGAAUUUCAUUCACAAACCCUCAAUUCCACUAUCUCAACUUUACAUCAUGGGAAAUCUCAAAGAUUUUCUUCAAGUUUUCUGCAUUGCCACUGCAGAUACAAAGCAUGAAGAGUUGCUAUUUCUCUCCGAAUCAGUUCGAUCCAAUCUCACAACCUUUUCCCCUUCUUCUUCCUCCUCAAAGGUGCAAGUUGUAGUUGUAGAUGUAUCAGUUGGAUCAAAUGAGAUAAACAGCUUCAAAGAUUUCAAGUUUGUGUCAAGAAAAGAACUUCUGUCUACGUACUCUGAAUCUGAAAAUAAACCAGAAAUUCAAAUACCGGAAGCUAGAGGUGAGGCCCUUGGAGUCAUGAAUAAAGCACUCACUCUUUACAUUAAAAAAGCACACGAGCGUGGUGUCAUUGCUGGCGUUAUCGGGCUAGGUGGCAGUGGAGGGACCUCUAUAUUAUCACCUGCUUUUAAAUCUUUGCCCCUUGGUGUACCCAAGAUCAUCAUAUCAACUGUAGCCAGUGGUCAAACCGAACCUUAUAUCGGGACAUCUGAUUUGGUUUUGUUUCCAUCAGUUGUGGAUAUUUGCGGGAUUAAUAAUGUGAGCAGAGUUAUUUUGUCUAAUGCCGGUGCGGCCUUUUCUGGGAUGGUUUCUGGACGACUCAUGAGUUUAAAAGAAUCUGUAAAUUCCGGUAGUGAAAAAUGUACGGUUGGUUUAACCAUGUUCGGGGUUACAACGCCUUGUGUAAAUGCGGUAAAAGAAAGAUUGAAUAAAGAAGGUUAUGAAACUCUGGUUUUUCAUGCGACUGGAGUUGGUGGUAGAGCUAUGGAGGAUCUUGUUAGAGGAGGGUUUAUACAGGGCGUUUUGGACAUUACAACAACCGAGGUAGCUGAUCACAUAGUUGGAGGUGUUAUGGCUUGUGAUGAAUCGCGCUUUGAUGCGAUAAUAGAAAAGAAGAUCCCUUUUGUUCUCAGUGUGGGAGCUUUAGACAUGGUGAAUUUUGGUGCCAAAAAUACAAUACCUGCCGAAUUUCAGCAGAGAAAAAUAUUUGAGCACAAUGAACAGGUGUCGUUAAUGCGAACAACGGUUGAGGAAAACAAGAAAUUUGCUGCUUUUAUAGCUAAAAAAUUAAACAAAUCAUCAUCAAAGAUACGCGUUUGCCUACCAGAAAUCGGCAUUUCCGCUCUAGAUGCACCUGGAAAGCCAUUUUACGAUACAAACGCUACUGGUACUCUUAUCGAAGAACUAAAAAGACUCAUCGAGACUACAGAUGAUAGGAAGGUGAAGGUUUAUCAAUAUCACAUCAACGACACCGAGUUUGCAAAGGCUUUGGUCGAUUCAUUCUUGGAAAUACAUAAAAAACCAAACAGUUCUACACAGAAACCGAGGGUUGUUGAGCCCGAUGCUUUAAGUACACCCGCCAAGACUUGUAGAACAAUUCCUUAUAACCUAACAAACUUCCCCGAUGCAAAACCAGAGACAUUACAACGAACGCAGGGCGUGCUAGAGAUGUUGAGAGACCAAAUAAGGCAAGGGAAACCGAUAAUAGGGGCUGGUGCAGGGACCGGGAUAUCCGCCAAAUUUGAGGAAGCAGGCGGUGUUGAUCUGAUUGUAUUGUACAACUCAGGGCGGUUUAGGAUGGCGGGGAGAGGUUCGUUAGCGGGGUUGUUACCGUUUGCCGAUGCAAAUGCUAUUGUGGUUGAAAUGGCUAAUGAAGUACUGCCAGUAGUGAAAGAAGUAGCUGUUCUUGCUGGAGUAUGUGGGACCGACCCUUUUCGCCGAAUGGAUCACUUUUUAAAACAGUUGGAAUCGAUUGGAUUUUGUGGGGUCCAAAACUUCCCAACCGUUGGCUUGUUCGAUGGCAAUUUCAGGCAAAAUCUUGAAGAAACUGGGAUGGGAUACGGUUUGGAGGUAGAGAUGAUAAAGAAAGCUCAUAAAAUGGGGCUAUUAACAACACCAUAUGCUUUCAAUGAAGACGAAGCCGUUGAAAUGACAAAAGUGGGUGCGGAUAUCAUUGUAGCGCAUAUGGGGCUGACUACAUCCGGUUCAAUUGGAGCAAAGACUGCUGUGACAUUAGAACAAAGUGUAAGUCGCGUACAAGCUAUUGCGGAUGCAGCUCAUAAGAUCAAUCCAGAUGCAAUUGUGCUUUGCCAUGGAGGUCCUAUAUCUGGUCCAAUGGAAGCGGAGUUUGUAUUGAAGAACACUAAUGGAGUACAUGGGUUUUAUGGUGCGUCGAGUCUGGAAAGAUUACCCGUUGAACAAGCUAUCAAAGGGACCGUUCAACAAUACAAGGCGAUAACUCUACUGUGAUGUGUUAUUACUUCUGUUUGCUUGUAUGUAUGUAUGUUUACAGGUUUUUGAAACUUGUAAUAAGCAAGGGUUUAUUUGCCCUCAUCAAACUUAAGGGUUUGUUGGUUCAAAAGAGUAUGAUGAUACUUCUGUCAAA